CCAUCCCCAGUAGCCCUUCACUUAGUGCGCUCCCUUCAUAUCCAUUCUUUAUGCUUCUAUUUUGCUCACUGCACACAGCCAGGAAACACCUGUCUCUGCUUUGCAAGUAUGGGAAAAUUACUGAAAAUAACGCUGGUUGGAAUUGUUGUUGCAUUUAUAGCUGAAAGAAUAGUGAGAUUAAGUGAUCGGCUUAAUUUUUACCGGGAGGUUCAGCCAAUAGAUCUUCCUCAUUGUCAGCUCUUAAAAGGAAUUGAAUUUGGAUCUGAAGAUAUUGAUAUACUUCCAAAUGGUCUAGCUUUCAUAAGUUCUGGUCUGAAAGUUCCAGGUCUGAUGUCCUUUGCACCUGAAAAACCAGGAGAAAUAUUUCUACUGGACCUUAAUGAUGAAGAACUACUUCCAAUUUCAUUGCGUUUCAGCAGGGAUUUUGAGUUAGCUUCAUUUAAUCCCCAUGGAAUCAGCACAUACAUAGAUGAGAAAGAUGAUACAGUAUAUCUGUUUGUUGUAAAUCACCCUCAUUAUAAGAGCACUGUUGAGAUAUUUAAGUUCCUGGAAGAAGAUAAUGUUCUUAUGCACCUGAAGACAAUUAAGCAUGCGCUUCUACACAGCGUGAAUGAUAUAAUAGCUGUUGGACCUGAAAGUUUUUACGCCACCAAUGAUUUUUACUUUACUGAUUAUACCAUGAGACAUGUGGAGAUGGUCCUGGGAUUAGCGUGGUCGAAUGCGGUAUAUUAUAGUCCUGGUGAAGUUAAACAAGUGGCAUCUGGAUUUUAUUCUUCUAACGGAAUCAAUGUGUCACCUGAUGAGAAGUAUGUCUAUGUUGCUGAUAUAAUGGAUCAUAAAAUUCACGUCCUGGAAAAACAUGCAAACUGGUCCCUCACACCAGUAAAGGAGCUGAAUAUAGAAACAGUUAUGGACAACCUAUCGGUUGACCCACAUACUGGGGAUAUUUGGACAGGAGCCCACCCUUAUCCAUGGAAGUUGCUUAAUUACAAUAAAGAAAACCUUCCUUGGUCAGAGGUUAUUCGUAUUCAGAACAUACUUUCAGAUGACCCUAUAGUGACUCAAGUGUAUGUGAACAAUGGUUCUGUCAUCCAAGGAACUUCAUCAGCAUCUGUCUUUGAGAGGAAGCUUCUUGUGGGCAGUGUGUUCCACAAAGCUUUAUACUGUGAACUAGAUUAACUGUGAGCACUAUACAUAGUUGUGACUGCUUGACAGAUGUGCACUAUGCAGUAAGAUGAACUCACUUACCAAUGCCAACAUUUUCUUGUGCAUUAGACCCAAUAUAAUUUGGUUUUGCUAUCAGACAAACAAAUAUAACUAAAAUGCAUUUGACAGUUCAACUUGGUUGCUAUCAGGAGAUCUUCUGAUUGUGGCAAAAGCUUUUGAUAACUCUAGUGGACUAUAAAUCAGUUUCAAAAUGAUUAGCAAAUGAAAUAAAGUAAGUACAUUAUAUUAAAGAUAACUGAAUUUAUAGAGGCACUUGCAAAAAUCUUGUCAUUUUUUCCUCAUUUUAAAUUAUAUUCUGAAGGUUUGGGUCUAGAGUUACUAACAGGAUCUCAGUUUUUUUUUUAAAUUAACCAUUCACUAAACCAGAGGGGUUGCUAGGAGUCAAAGCAUAAGGGUCUUCAGCUAAUGCUUUUCUCCACAAUUCUUUUAAACCUUUACCCUAUAAUCCAACAAAACCAUUAAUAACUUACAACUUAUCAGUACAUUUACCCCCUUGGCUAAAAGUUAUCACAUUUAUGCUGUUACUUUGCUUUCAAUAACUGCUAUUAACAUUUAUAAAAUCCGUUAUUUUAAUCCUAUUGUUUGCCCAAAAAACACACACACAGAGAGCAUUGAUUUGACCACUUGGCUGCCAUAAGCUUAAAACCAGCCGUGAUUUUAGUGGACACAUCAGUAAUUUUAGCCCAACAAUGCUAAAAAAAAGCUAGCACAUCAUUUAAACAUAUAAAGGUUGAUCACAAUCUAUCAUUUGAUAAUUAUCAGAAUGUUAAAGGAACAUUAAACUUGAAAUACAUAUUAUAAGCAAAGUAUUGAGGUUACUCCUCGCGUCCCUCGAGUCAUGGGUGUUGCCAUGAUGAAAUCUGUCUUUCACUACAUUCCAGUGCUGACCUGUUUGCAGAAACUCUCCUUCAGAUACCUGCAGUGAAACCUAGGUUACAUAAUGGUAGCAUUCAUGAUUAUAGGGAGGUGCAUAAAUGUUCUGAUGAGCAAUUUUUGAUGUUGACAUGAUCACAAUUAGGGUGACACUCUCUCACAUUACCCAUACUGGAUGACAUUAAACAGCAACAUCACAAACACAAAACAAAUACAGAUGCUUUCUGCAUGAUAAAUUGAAAACCCCAAAAACACACAUGCCAAACUGUUAUGAUAAUGGCCUUGUUUACAACUGGAGAUGUGUAUUUGGAGGUUUAACGAACCUCCGAAUGCAGAAAAAGGUGACUCUUCGUGCCUCUUGGCUCUUUUCGUUGCCAAAUUCAUUUUUGUGUAAUAGCAACACGCUAAAAUCUGGAUGUUGCUGUUGAACAAGAAUGCAUUUGGCAACGAAAAUGUGAGAGAAAAAAAAAGAGAAAUCAGCUUUUGAACCCUGAAUCAGAUGUAAAUUCUCCAAAUUAAAACUGAAAAUAAAUAUUACAAUUUUCUUUAAAAGUAAAUUAACAUCUAUAAUGAGGAGGACACUGACUUGUAAAUUUUGUCAGAGGGAAGCCCACCGCCUAGACUAUCCCAUACUCAGGGCUUUAAUGACCCCCAGCAAUACCACUUCACUAAACCUUAUGUAGCACUAAUUAGUUUGGUGAGCGUUCAGGUUAAUGUCAUCUGUACAUAAUGUUACCAUUUUUAUCCUUAGCAAGUGCAGCAGCUGUUAUAUAUUUGAAAGAGAUCAUGUAUUUUAACAAAUGACUAUUCUAAAUGAUCAAACAGUUUCUUUUUGAGGGUUCAUCAACAAUACGUGUAUUUGUUUAAAUGUGAAAGCAUAAAAUGUUUACUUGCCACACUGAAA